AUGCCAGGACGGCGGGUCGGGCGCCAGGAGGCCGAGCGGGCCUUGGCGGGGCUUCCGGGAGCGGGGGGGCGCGGCCGGUGGGCGGGCAGCCAACGGGAAGGACGUGUCGUUCGAUGUGUAUCUGCCCAACCUGGCGUCCAAGGGCGACGAGGAGAUGGGCACCCCUGCGGCCCCCCCGCCUUUCCUGCGUCGUUUUGUGGCCCGUCGCUGGGUGUCGCGGACGUCGAGGAGCAACUGUCUGUGGAGGAGUCUCUGAAGCAGCACGCCAUGGCGAAGCUCACCCCGCGGUUCACCCUGAGCGACAUCGCGCAGAAUCCAGAGCUCGCAAAGGCGGCAAAACUGGAGCUGGCGGGACAGCGAAAGUCCGACGGAACUGAGAACUUGUCAAGCUGCGAUGCGCAGUCACGCGUGACGGAAAUGGAGCACGUUCGGUUCGCCACGGAUACCGCAGAUCGUGAUGCAGAGAGGGAGUUACAGGCUGGGAUGGAGCAGGUGGACGUACUUUUGAAGCGCCUUGAAGCAGGUCGCAGGUCGGUGGAACAGAUGUUAAAAUUUGUGCAGAAGCUCUACCAGGCCAACGUUGCAUACUCACGUGCCAUGAUGAAUGCUGCCCGUGCUGCUGUGUCUUCUAUGGGCACAAGUGCAGACUGGAAGUGCGCGAGUGAUGGCAUCAGCGAGUUGCCGAUGGUGGUGGGAGGGGCACACUCCCAAAUAUCGCAGGUCCUGGUUGAAUGCACUGCCAAGCUGCAGGGCAGCCUGAAGGCCUCAAGGUUGCUGUCGGAUGAACUGACAUCAACUUCGGCCAAGAUUCAAUCUGACAUCGCAGCAAGUCGCAGUGCCCUUGCCAAGGCGUUGGUCCUUCACGAGAGGGCCGCGCAUGCAUUUGGCAUGUCGCUGGACCAAGGCAUCAGCAGGUCACACGACAAACAGAAGGACCCCUGGCUGACCGAAGGCCGCCUUGCUGCAGGCCAUUCAGAACUCCUGGAAGCACAGCACAGCUACAGGGCUUUCCUGGCAGAUGCGUUCAAGCGCGUUAGGGACGCAGAGGCCUACCGCCUCGUGAUGAUCAAGAGCUCCAUGGCCACCGUGCUGAGGAGCCACGGGCCAACGUACGAGGAGCAGGUGUCCCCUUUCGUCUCAGAACUCACCAGGGUGGUGGGGGAAGUCAGCGCAGAGGGGGAGGUGGAGGACCUGGAGGAAGGCGCCAACAUGCACGAGGACUCAGCACUGGCCCUCGGGACUCAGAGAAAGGAGGAGAAGACCCUGAUGUGUGGUGACCUGUUUUCCAGUCCGGAUAUUAUCCGGCAGGGCGAUCUGGAGAUGCAGGCGGCAGGUGACUCGAAGUGGAGCAAGGGCCAUUUUGUCCUCACACAGUCGGGUUUUCUGUAUGGCUUCAUCGGCGAGGCCAGAUCGGGACCUGUGCCCACGUUCAGCAUGGCCCUCAUGCGGUGCUCCUUUGAAGAGGGCGAAGCCCCCGUCUUCAGCAUCACGGAUGGUGGACUUGGUUGGAUGAGGGGCCGAGGCAGGACUAUCAGGCUCAAGGCGCCGUCUGUGAACGAGUGCUGCGAGUGGGCCAUUGUCAUGAGGGAAACGAUUGCGAUCCUGCAGGGCAGGUUGUAG